AGUUUAUUAUAAUAACUGUUUGUGUUAUGUCUGUCUGCCCAUAAAAAAAACGUGUUACGGAAACACGAAAUGCGAUAGAUAAAGGACGGGCGACCCGUGGUUUUCUCCGCCGGUGACCGACUAGUAGUUUUCUAAUACCCUUCUUUCUGUAACAUGGAAAUGGUAGCACAAGUAGUGAGGUUUGACUUUUCUAAUAAUGUUGUUGAAACUUCUACAUCUUACCAGUCUCAACUGUUGCUUGUUCACUAUCUAUUUUGAAGAUCAAAUUAAACUUUUUACUUGCUCAGUUAGGCUAAUGUGCCAGUGGCUUUGUUUUUUGAAGGAUCAAAGCCACACGUUGAAAACAAACAUCGUGUAUUGCUUUUUUAUUAGUGAAAAAUCACAUCCAAUGAACUUAUUUCAUCCUGUGUGCAUUUUAAAUAUGUAUGAAAAUGCGAAUGUAAAAAUUUCCUACUUAAUUUUGAUAUCACAACCAACAUCGUUCUUAGACAAAAACCUAAAUUCAAUUUUGGAUUUUAAAAAAUAUGGUUUUAAAUUCUUAAGAUGCUUUUGUGAGUGGGUUAAAAUAAAUUCAGUGGGGAACUUGAAAUGAGAAAACUGUUUAUAUAUGAAAAGAAUAUAAUAAAAUAUAUAAAGAAAACUGAGUAUUGAGAAGUAAAAUAAAAAGCAGUAUUUUUUUGUUAUUAAUUCAUAUCACCCAACUGCCUGCCGAAAAAAUAUAUUUCUAAUCGAAAGAAAAUACCACGUAAGACCUAAAUAAUUUAUAAAAGUUUUGUGUCGAUUUGUUUUUCUCGCUUCACUUGUUCUUCUUCUUCUUUGAAUAAGUUUACACCUGCGGUAAGGAAUAUCUAUCUUUGGCAGAUGGAAAAUAUAACGCCGUCGUAGAGGCUUUUUACUAUAAGUACGUUUAAUCUGUGUUAAAGAACAGUAUGGCGGAGAGUUAUUUCAUAUUUGGUGCGAGAAGCAAAGUCAGUUUGCUAUUAGCCUUUUUACAUUUAAAAAGUUUUCCUGCAUGGUAUAAAUUUCUUUGGAGAGAAAUAGAAUCUGAAAAUGAGUCACAAAACUAAACUCAGCACAAGAGAAUUUGAAGAAUUAAAAGAGCUGUUUUUAUCUUUUGACCAAGAUGGGAGUGGAACAAUUUGCGAGAAAGAGUUGUAUGUUGUGUUAAAAUGUUUAAAUAUGGAAGCCGAUUCUCUAGCUGUGAAAAGGAUGUUCCGUGAAGUCGACAAAGAUGGUAGUGGGCUGAUAGAAUUUAAUGAGUUUAUCGAAGCUUUUUCUACGCCAAGUAAAGAUGCAUUAAUGGACGCCUUUAAGAAAAUAGAUCGCAACGGCGAUGGUGUGCUUUCACAUUCAGAGGUCAAACGAGCCAUGAAGCAGGCUGGUCAACCUUUCUCAGAUAAAGCGAUCGCUGAAAUGAUCGAACUUGCUGAUGCAAACAAGGAUGGUAUGGUAAAUUAUGAAGAAUUUCUUGUCAUGCUGAAAUCUUAAAAGAUGUAAAUAAUAUGAAACUCGUUUGUUUAUUGGUCAUUGUUCCUAACCCACACUCGCUCGACUCAAGAAGGCAACCACAUAAGUGGGGUUAUAGGCGAGUGAUCUUAUCAUAAGGCUUCUCCUGGUCACACCCAUACCCAUUUUUUCUCACAAUAUGCCCAUUUAGUCACGACGGCAAAAAAACCAAAA